GACGGGAACCUUCGUCAUCGUCAUCGUCUGUUGCGUGAGUUGCCUGGAUUGACGGAAGAAGAAGAAGAAGAAGAAGAAGAUGGGGAAGCAGCCGGUGAAGAUGAAGGCGGUGGUGUACGCUCUGUCUCCGUUUCAGCAGAAGGUGAUGACUGGUCUCUGGAAGGAUCUUCCGGAGAAGAUCCACCACAAGGUCUCCGAGAAUUGGAUCAGCGCUACUCUCCUCCUCACCCCCGUCCUCGGCACCUACUGGUAUGCUCAACACUACAAGGAAAAGGAGAAAUUGGAGCACAGGUUCUGAACCAUGGAUUUGCAUCUAUUCGUUCAAUACAAGUGCCUAAUUAUAUUUUCACCUAUAGUGGGAAGUUCCGAGUUGGUUCUCGACAACUUUGGUCCAGUAUUUGCUUGAAUAAAUGGUUUGUCUCGUCGAUUACAGUUAGUUAACUGAGUUUGCUUCUUGCCCCAAAUGACCGAAUGCUUUUUUUUUGGGUGUUCUGGUGCUACCCAUGUUUCUAUGUUGAAGAUCUGAUGUGUUUUGUUCUUUGUCGGAUACGGCUCGGGUAUCCGACUCUAAACCCGAAUACCUUAUACAUGACGAGUUUUGGGCA